UGCUCAUGCGUCUUAAAGAGAGACGCAUGAGCGUCAUGCGUCUCUACUUCGAAUUAAACCAGCUGCGAAGGCAGUAGCUCCUCAUUCACGCACGCAGACAGCAAACACUCACGGAGGCGGCGAUUUCUUCCUAGAUUCGGCGAAAGAAGACGAUUUCGACUUGUUUUCCGAUUAGAUGGCGACUUCAAGUUCUACUGGACAUUUAUUGUAUGGACCCGAAGACCCGUCAGUGUUAAAUAUGCAAAAAAAUCACAUUUCAAAUAAACUAAUGAAAGGGGGAACAACCCAAGUAUUUAAAGUCCGAAGGACUGAAAGUAAGACUUGGGACGCCGUGAUUCACGAGAAUGUAAGAUAUUGGCUUGACGUCUUUGGUUUCAAAGGCGUGAUCGAUUGUGGGAAGCCAAUGAAGGUCGACAAUGAGCUGAUCACGGCGUUGAUUGAGCGUUGGAGGCCGGAGACACACACAUUCCAUCUACCGAUCGGUGAGACGACGAUCACCUUGGAAGAUGUGCAAGCCAUCUGGGGCUUGAGGGCGGAUGGCGUCGUUUUCACGGGUCGUGACUAUCAUGACAACUUUCCAGAUUGGACCAGCAAGUGCCGCGAUCUGUUGGGAUGGAUACCAGAUUCUUCCACAGAGACAAAGCAAGGCGGUUUGCUGAUGACCGCGCUGAUCAACCAGACAAGGAUGCCUCUGGGUGAUGACCUGCCUACUUACGUAUACAUCCAAAGAGCACGUAUCCAUGCCCUAAUUUUAUUAGGAGGUCUCAUUCUACCGGAUACCACGGGGUGUAAGGUGCCAUUUAUGUGGUUGAAUGGGCUUGGGGAUCCGGAAGAGGUGAAGAAUAUAAGUUGGGGAAGCGCGGCAUUGGCCUACCUUUAUCAUUAUCUAUGCGAGGCUUCCAUGGAUAAGAGAAAAGAGUUGGGCGGCCCUAUGAUCCUCCUGCAGCUAUGGGCGUGGGAAAGAAUGCCCACAUUGAGGCCUGCGUUCAUAGGACCAAAGAUGCACGAGCCAUAUACACCAUGUGGCGCCAGGUGGAGAGAAACAACGCAGAUAGGAAAUGCUCCAAGACACUCGGUUGAGCAUUACCGUGACCAAUUAUCUCUGAUUAGACCUGGCCAGUUUAUCUGGACGCCGUACGCACCUUUCACACUGCCUGACUACUGCAAUGAUGUGAAUGGAUGCUCUUUGUGCGAAACCUACUUGGUAUGUUGGGCCUAUGUCGAGGCCCAUGAGCCUGGAAGAGUACGCCGACAGUUCAAUCGGUACCAGGAUAUACCGCAGUCCGUACACAGGAUGCUAAGGAACGCCGAUCAUUUGGGCAAAACUGAUCGGCGUGGCAAGAAAGGCAACAACUGGGCAAACACGCAUCAGUUCUACAUUGGGGAGUGGGACAUGAGGUUCGAAAGGUUCCAAGCUGCCCAGUAUGCCGCAUCGAUGUCCAUGGAUAUCCCCAUGAACCCGGGGUAUAUGGCGUGGUAUAAGCGGAUAUCCAUUUGAUUAGGAAUCCUCCUUGUUCUGCCUCGUCCGCGCUUUCGAGGAAGCAACUGCUCAGGGGUGAUACGCAAUUUCCAUCCAGGAUUUGCCCAAUAGUCUUGGUGUCUUGGUGCUUGAAAUGAGACACCAUAGUACUGUGCUUCCCAUGUAGCUUUGUGGUUGUGUUUAUCAAUGAGUUCAAAAAUAGAGUUACCUCGAUCUCUAAAUGACUCCUCCCAUCCACCAAAUACAAUCUCUAAAGCCCUUCUCCGUGCAUACCAUGCCUUCUUAUAACUGACUACCACAUGAAAUUUGUCAUGAACAAAAUUUCUUACGGCGGCGGCACUAAACUCGGCAUUUUUUAGCAACUGAUGGCGAAUACACAAAGCAAUCAUUGGUGAUGAAAAGUUAGCAUGUCCUCUAUCAUUACGAUGACCUUCACAACUAUGGCGUCCCCGCCACUUCCUAAUCUCCCACAUAUCAUCAUGGGCCAUGUGUGUAACAGACACUUCCCACCGACAUUCAUUCGCUUUGUCAGCGUCGGUCUCGCUGAUAAUAGCUGUCCCAUCUUCUGUCCUCCCAUUUGGAUAUUUGCACACGGCAUGCCACCUUCUUAAUUUACUCUCAACCACCCU